GCUACACGCGUCAAAAUAAUAUUAUGUGGGGUGUCGAUUGUGCAUAGAUAACAUUCCACAGAAUAGAACCAUGAAUCAUCAAAAUUUUCAGAAAUUCCGCGAUUCUGUUUAGUGUUUAUUGUUUUUAGUAUAUAGAAUUUUUACUUUUAUGUCGCCUCUUUUAUUAUUAUGACGUUUUUCGUUUGAUUUUCACUUCGCGGUAUUGUUUUAUAAUAUAGAUUUAAAAAACCUUUUAUUUUUAUUCAAUUAAAUAUCUGGUGUUAAUCAAAUCAAUAUAUACCUACCUAAGUACGCAAUUAUAAUAUUAAUGUUUAUUAAUCCCUUUAAUUAUAUUAAUUGUAUAUGCUUUUUUAAUUAAAUCAAAAUAUUUAUUUUACAGAUGGCGCCAUCCCCAAAGCAAAUUGUAAAACAAAGCAAAAAUAUCCUUCAAUUGGCAAAUGGGUGUCAAAUUAUUUUAAAGACUCCAUUACCUUUUAUGGGGAGUCCAUCUAAGCCAUCAAGCAUAGAUGUUGAACAAUCUUUACGUGAUUUUACAGUAUACAAAAAUCGUUUAAGAACUUUUGAUAAUGGUUGGAAAUUAGAGUAUAUUACACCUCACCAAAUGGCUGAUGCUGGAUUCUUUUAUUUGGGUGUUCAAGACCGUGUGCGAUGUCUGUUUUGUUCAAAAGAAUUUGAUUCUUGGCAGCGUGGUGAUUAUCCCCUUGUUGAACAUAAAAAACAAUCGCCACAAUGUGCAUUUUUUAAAACAGGUAAAGUAUUUAUGGUUAUUAUUAAAUUUAAAAAAACAUAAUUUUUAGCUGGUUUCUUGCAUCGAUGAAAUACCUAGAAAAUGGAGUUUAAGAAAAAUUGAGGACAUUUAAGAAGUGUAUCGAAGGUCAAAUAUUGUUGAAGUGAUAGCAGGGAAAAGGGAAAAUGUAGUAAUAUGUUAGACACUCAUUUUGUCAGAUAAACUCACUAAUUCCGGAAGGUGUUCCACCAAGAUCUUUAGGAUGUCAGAAGUUGAAUCUGGAAGAUAAUAUUAAAAAAGCUAGAAACUGUAAAACUGGAAAUCAAUUUAAGAAUAAAUGAGUGGAGUGGAGAGGUUUAUGCAUGUUGAGAUGGUCUUAAUUGGCUGCAUACUACAUAAAGAAGAAAAUAUUUUGUAUUUUGAAUGGAUUAUUGUAGAUAGAAAAAUAAGUAUAUGAGGUCUGUUCAAAAAGUACCAGGAUUUUAUUUUUAAUAAUUACAAAAAUGAAGUUACAUAUUAUUUAAAGAUAUCGCCUUUAAAAUACUCUCCUCCAGACAAUAUGCAGUGGUUCUAGCGAUCUUGCCAUUUUUCGAAAGUUCUUUGAAAUUGUUCUAAAGUUAUAGCUUUGAGUUCUGUUGCCGUAUUUGCUUUAAUUUCCUCUAGGUCUUGAAAUCGUUGUCCUUUAAGCGCAGAUUUUUUUCUCGGGAAAAGAAAAAAAUCGCACAGGGCUAGAUCAGGUGAAUAAGGAGGGUGUGAGACCACAGGUAUUUUUUUUACAGCCAAAAAUUCACGAAUUGAUAAUGCUAAAUGUGCUGGCGCAUUGUCGUGAUGAAGAAACCAGGUUCCACUUCGUCAUUUUUCUGGGCGCUUUUUGCGAAUUCUCUCUCGCAAACGUAUUAAUACAUCUUUAUAGAAUACCUGAUUGACUGUUUGUCCAUGGGGCACAAAUUCAUUUUGAACAAUACCUUCAAUAUCAAAAAAAACAAUUAGCAUUGUCUUGACAAUGUCAAUCUCACUUGGUGAGCUUUUUUUGGUCGAGGGGAAAAUUUUGUUUUCCACUGAAAUGACUGUAACUUUGUUUCUGGAUCGUACCCAUAAACCCAUGUCUCGUCCCCUGUGAUGAUGUUUUUUAUGAAAUUUAUAUCAGCAGAUCGAUUUUUAGAUCUUGACAAAUCGUCAAACGAUUUUCCUUUUGUUCCGAUGUCAACAACUGCGGAACGAAUUUAGCAGCUAUCCUUCUCAUCUGUAAAUUUUCCAUUAAAAUUUUAUGACAAGAUCCAAUUGAAAUUCCUGCUUCAUUUGCUAACUCACAAAUAGUUAAUCUGCGGUCAUUUCGUAAAUGUUUGCCACAACAUCAUCGUUUCUAGAUGUCGAUGGUCUUCCAGAAUGUGGAUCAUCUUUAAUUAACUGUCGACCAUCCUUGAAACGUUUUAACCACUCGAAAGUAACGGAGCGACUUUAAGAAUCGUCUCCAAGAGCAAUUUUAAUCAUUGUGUACGUUUCAGUUGCAUUUUUUGCAUUUUUACCAAGUUUCAAGCAAAAUUUGAUGCACACACAUUGUUCGUUAAUUUGGGACAUGACAAAAACGAAGAAUGAAACAAACUAAAUAGUUUUAACCAUGUAUAAUAUUAAACUGAGAUAAGAUAGAGACUAUAGAUUAGCCGCAAUAAUAUUUGUCCUGGUACUUUUUGAACAGACUUCGUAAUCUUAAAGGUGUUGUUUUGAUUUAUUACUUCAUUUUAAGUAACACAAUUUUUACAGGUUAUGAUGUAUGUGGCUGUUAUGAUUUGCCUACAUAUCCAAAGUCAGAUGCAGAGACAAAAGAAAUUCAACAGUUCUUAGAUUCAAUGGGUGUAGUGCAGCAAAUUAAAUCUCUCAAAAAUAGAGAUUUUGCCACCAUGGAAGCUCGCUUAAAAACAUAUGACAAAUGUGUGAUACAAUUGAAGAUCGAUAUUCAUGCCCUAUGUGAAGCUGGAUUAUAUUAUAUGGGUAAAUUUAUAAUAUUUGUAAUAUUAUAAAUUAUCAAUGUUUUAAUAAUUAUGAAUAUUAAGUAUAAUAUUAAUUUUAUUAUGUAUUAGGUGAUGGUCAAACAGAUGUGGUUAUGUGUUUCUUUUGUACUCAAGGUCUAAAGGAUUGGGAUGAUGAUGAUGAUCCUUGGAAAGAACAUGCCCGAUUUUCACCAAAUUGUAGUUUUUUGUUGUUAAAUAAAGGCAAACAAUUUGUUGAUGAAGCACGUGAUAUGAAAACUGAUCUACCAAAGAUCAACAAAGAUGUAAGAAAUUCUCUAUUCAGUUUGAGAUAAAAUUAAAAACGUUGUAAUUAAUGUACAGGUUUUAUUAAAGUCAAUCUCCAAUCAAAAAGAUGUUACCAUUUCUGAGAAUAACAAUAUUGAAGUUAAUUUGACACAAAGGUACACAAUAUAAUAAUUUAUAUUUAUUUUUUAGUAUUGAGAAAUUUACAAAAUUGCUAAGUAUAUAUUAGGGAUGUUCUGGUUACCUGGUCAUUGGGUCCUAACUGGGUACCAGAUAUCAUAUUGUGUACCAGAUGACUACUUGGUAUCUAGCAUUUAUAUAAAUUAUUAUUACUCCACUAAUGCUGGGUACCUGGUUUGUUAAUAAAUAAUGUACCUGGAACACUUCUAGUAUACACACAAACACUAAAAAAGAAAGUUCUUGUAUUAAAAUAUUUUGCUUUUAUUUCACUAUAAAUAAAAACAAAUAAUAAUCAUAAAACUAUAUAUGAAUAUAAAUGAUAUAGUUUAUAUUAUUUCUAAAAUUUGUUUACUAUUCAAUAACAAUCCCUCUACUCUCUACAUUUUAAAAUGUACAAAUUAUUUACAAUUUUUAUUAUAUAAUUUGAUAUUUUGAAUUAUUGAAUUUUCAGUUUGUAUGUAGACUUAAACCAGUUAUCAGAGAGCUGUCAUAAUAUUUUACAGUGUUUAUUUUGGGAAAUAUUAAAUUUUCAGAUCUCUUGUUAUGAUUUAUUGGUUGUGUUAAGUUGGUGAUAUUUAGCACAAUGUUUUUUUUUAUAGUUAAAUAUUUUUGUUUCUGAGCACAAUUAUAAGGGAGGGAUUUUUUGCUGUUUGUAUGUUUACUCUUUUUCAAAUAAGAACGCACUGGGUUGCAGACAUAAAUCUUACCACUUCUGACAGUUUCAGCCAUAACCUUGUAUGCAUAGUGAUUUGUAUUCACACAACAUUUGCGUACAUACAUGUAAAACAAAAUCUUUUGUUUUUCAAUUCUCUGUAUGCACAGCUGGGUUGAUAGUAGCUGACCAAUGGUGACUAAUCAGAAAACAGUUACUAAUUUUGUGGUAGGAAAAUUUUCUUUUGGAAAAGAGUGUAGUUUAUAUAGGUUUGUGCUGCUUCUCCCCAUAUGACUAAACCAUAAUCUAUUAUAGAUUAAAUAAAGUAAAAUAUAUAUUUUUUUGCCAGCGCAUAUUUCUAAAAUAUGAAUAGAGUUUUGUUUUGUUAAAUCUGUUUAUGAUUGCAUUUGCAUUUUAAAAUGAAUUUACAUGUGGGCUAUUAAAAUAUAUAUAUAUCUGGAGAUAUUCUUGCUAAAUUUGAAAAACAGUAAUUUUUUUUAUUAUGUUCCUGUUCUUCAAACAAUUUUUAUAAUCAGUUUUAAAGAGUUCUCUGCUAUUUAUAUUGCCUAAUUCCAAGUAUUACCAGUCACAGUUAAUGCUUUAAUAACUUUUUGGUUUAUAUUUGAAACAUUGUUAGUUUGACUAAUUGGGACUGAGGGAAGUACAGAUAAUCAAAUAUUGAUUAUUUUGAUUGAAUUAAUGAUGAUUAAAUUAAAAAAACUAAUGCACUGUAAGUAUAAUGUAUAAUAUAACAUUGUAUAUGUAAUGUUAAAAGUACAUAGAAUAAUUAAUUAAAAUUUAAAAAUAUAAUAUACAUACUAUAAAAUAAAAAUACAUUCAUUUUUGUGCCUAUUUUUGAAAAUAAUAAUCUAAUGCUGUAAAGGUAAUGCUGACUAAUGCUGUAAAGGCUUCACUAGGCGUAGGACCACUAUAAUUUUCCAGGUCUUCAGGUUUAUUUUCAAAGUGAGCUGUAUUAGAGUAUUUCUCCUGAACAAAUAUAGAUUUGGCUGACUUGACCUGAUAUACAACUCACCUAAAGGCGGGUACACAGGAUCAGGCAGAACUUAUAAUGCAGUGGUACACAAGGGACACGGAUUAAUUUUUAUUUCACUAUGAAUACGUACUAUGCCAGCAAUCCAAUGUCAAAGUGUGCAGUUUGCCAUGGACAUUUUCAUUUAUAGUUCAGAGUCACAGCAGCAUGCACUUUUCAAUGAUGAUAAAAGCAUGUCCACACUGGGAUGUGAACUCCUUUUGUAUUGUCGCAAAAACUAACAAAAAAUGGUUCACUCCGUUGUAGUGUGUUUUAUGUCUACAUGAACAAGCACAUUACAUGUAGAAAGUUGCAUUACAGGUUCAGCGCCUAAUUAACAACAUACCUAUACUUUAUAUUAUAUUACAUUAUAUCAAUGGCAGACAGAGCCUGUAAUAUAUUAUUUUGUAUAUUUAAAAACAUAAUUUCUAGAACUGUUAAUAUUCAAAAUUUUUUCUCUAUCUUCUUUUUUAGAAAGGUCAUCUAAUUACUAUGUAGAAAAAAUUAAAUUUGUAUUAUCAUCCCCUAAUUAAAAAAAGAAAACAACUAUUCACUUUGAAAAAUAUUCAAAAUAGCCAUAUUGUAAAAUAUAUUAUUCUAAAAGUUUAAAAAAGUAAUUAAUAAAAUAGCUAAAAAAUUUAUUAAAAUUAUAAUAUUCAAUACAGUAAAUAAAAAUAAAAUGAAAAAAUUUUGGUCAUUAGUGAACUCUGUAAUAUAGAGUUUGGUGUAGUUAUAGUGGUAUAUAUACAUAUACUAACAUUAUAUUAAAUAAUGAUGUUAAUUCAUAUAUUGUUACAGUAUAUCCCACUGUUCUAGCGCUGUUAAUGUUACAUUUUUUUGAUUUUUGUCUUUGAGGGGGUCAUCGAUGUAGAGAACAAUUCAAUUUAUAUUUUUAUCCCCUAAACACAAAAAAGAAAAUUUCUUAAUUAGUUAAUUUCUAGAAAGCAUUCCUGAAAACAAUAUUCAAUAAAAUAACAGUUAUAUGAUAAGAAAUCACAAUCAGCACGAUAAUUCUUUACCAUCUAUUGAAUAUUAAUUGUUUUUACGCCAAUUUUCUAGAAAUUAAACCAGCUAUAAUUGAGAAAAUAUUAAUCGGAUAUGAAUAUAUGAUAUAUUAAUAUUUAAGAAUAAUAUUUUUUUACAAAAUGACUAUAUUGAAAAUGUUCUAAAGUGAAUGGAUAAAGUUGUGUUUAGUGGAUGAGAAUAAAAAUUUAAUAUUAUCAGUGGGACACGCUGUAUAGUUUUAACAUUUUGAAUUUAGUUUUAAUUUAAUUAAGUUAUUUUACUCUCUAAAUUAAUAAAACAAUGAAUAAUAUUUUUUCAAAAUACUAUUCACAUCUGUGCUUACCCUUUUUUUUUUUUUUUUAAUUAGGUUUCACUUUAAUAACAUCAUAUUAUGAAGUACUUGAUUUUGAUAUUCAAUUUUUUUAAUUUUAUUGAAACAUUUUCUUUUGUAUAGUUUAUAAUGCAUUUUAAUUGCAUGUCCCAAAUUAUUUUAACAUUUUUUUGAAGUACAUUAUACAAGGUUUUAAUUUAUUUUUAAUGCAACAUUUCAUAUUGAUUUUUAUUUUAUUUUAGAAAAAUAGAUCUGGUAGAUACAAUAAACAAACAGCCAGAAUUAUCACUAUCUAAAGAAAAUUUGAAUCUUUCCCAACAACCAGAUACAAGGACAACACCUGAUUCUAUGCUAUGCAAGAUCUGCUAUAAAGAAGAAAUGAAAGUAGCUUUCAUCCCAUGUGGUCAUAUAAUUGCUUGCAUUCAAUGUGCUAUGACAUUAGAUCAUUGUGCUGUAUGUAGAAAUCCUUAUAAUAUGGCUAUGAGUGUAUACAUUCAUAGGGAUAAAGAUAAACAGGCAGACCAGUUAUUGUGCAAUUCAUCACAGUGUUCUGAUGAUGAACCACAAGAACUAAUGCUUUGUAAAGUUUGUCUCAAAGAAGAAGUGGAAGUUGCAUUUUUACCUUGUAGGCAUGCAUAUGCUUGUGUAAAAUGUGCAGCUGAAUUGCAAGAAUGCCCAGUUUGUGCAAAAGAAAUUUGUGCCACUAUUCAAGUUUACUUGUAGGACCCAUUAGAAGGUUAGGUUCAUGGGUAUCGCUUGGUAGGCUAAGUUUUAAAUAUAUCCAGGCAAAAAUGGUUGUGUAAUGCAUUUAUUUGUUUGCAUUGUAAAUAUAAUAUUUUGAUUUUUAUACACUUAUUGGCACUAAUUAGAUUAGGUGAAUCAUAUUAAAUUUAAUUGCACCCCCCCCCUCUAAUUUUAGCAAUAUAGAUAUAACCAGUGUUUCUUUUAAAUUAACGAAUAGAUUUACUGUUUCCAUGUUAAAACCCAAUUUAUAUUUUUUGUUCAAUAUCAAAAAUCAAAUUUUGAUAACCAUCAGAUCGAAAACACUAUUCCUGUGAAACCAUUCUAGUCGUACAUUAUAAUUAUUGGUUUCAGCUUACAAGGGAAUACAAGUAAUUUAAAUUAAGCUAUGAAUUACUAUGUACAGUAUUUUGACUAAAUAUUAAGUUUAAAGUAUGAUGUUGAGACUGAUUUCUUCAGACCAAAUUUCUGUCCAAUUAAUUAUUAUUUAAGCAGAUAAACCAUGGAAUUCUUUAUAACUUGAUAUUGGCUUUUGAUAUUAACUUUGAUCAUAAUAUUUGUCUUAUUAUUAUUUCCAUGUUCGGCAGUAAUGUCUUAGAUUAAAUUAUGACAAUUAUUGCUCUAAUCCCAUUAAUAUAUAUAUAUAUAUAUAUUUUAAUACACAAUUGUUUGCCUUUUAUUUACUGUUCUAUAAAAAAAAAAAAAAACAAUUAUAUUUAGUGAUUUAAGAACUAUUAUUGUAUCUACAUUAUUGUAAUUAUUGUUCUAAACAUUUUAUUCUUAGUGUGUAAAUGACUGAAUAUUGAAUUAUUUUAUGGUCAGUCUAAAUAAUAAGUAAUAUUUUUACAAUAACAGUUAUUAUUUUGUUAUUGCUCACACAACUACAGAACUAAUAAUGUGCCUUUUAUAACUUGCGAAUAAGCUUGAUUCAGGGUCUAAACAUAAUUAGACAAACAUUAGAUUUGCCACCCCUUUAUAUGUUAAUAAAUACAAUUCUACAUUAGAUAUUUGUUUGUAUAAAAUAAAAUUCUGUAUAAAUUAUAUUUUGUUUAAAAUAUUAAUAAAAUCAAUACAUUUUUAACUUAACCUCAAAAUUACUUAUAGUUUAAUUUAAACAUUUUUACAAUUUUUAUACUAGUGAAAACCAAUUUUAUUUCAAUAUAUUUAAUAGUAUCAAAAUAUUAAAUAUUACUUAAGAUGAUAUUUAAUGUGUCUAUGUUGUCUAUACUUUGAGUGAUGCUUGCUUACAAGUAUGAACAGUAUUUUUUUAGUUUUUAUUAUAAAUAAAGUACUUAAUUAAAAAGGAAUAUAAAUUUAUAUAGAUUUAUAUAUACCCACACAAAUAAAGUAAUAAUAAUAAUUGAAUAUGAAAUAUGGUACAAUUUAUUAAUAAAUUUAAAUGUAUUUAAAGUAUGAUAUUUAAUUUUAUAUUCUGUUUUAAAGUAAUUAAGAUAUUUUAAUCUUGGAAAAGUGAGUUGGAGGACUUUUAUUUUGUAUAUAUUUGUAAAUUUAAAACAUUUAGAAUUAUUAAUUAGGUUAAGUUAGGUGGCUAUAACAUUUGUAACAAAAAUUAUUUAUAAUAUUUCUGUGAAAAACUAUUAUUAUUUUGCUUAUUUUAAUGGUACUAAAUGUAUAAAUGCAAAUUUGUUUUAUACAGUUUUAAACUUUUAAAACAUAUACUUUCUUUUAAAAGUUUAUAAAAUUAAAUACAUUUUUAAAAACAAAUUAAUUCAACCAAUUGCUCAGAAAAGUUAAUUAUACUGUGAUUGUUGAACUUGUCUAAUAAACUAUUUAGUACCUAAGUACUCAGUUGAAUAUUUAGUAUUAUGUUUUAAAAAUAGUUACAAUAAUAUAUAUUUAGGUUAUAAUUAUAUAAUAAAUACAAAGUAUGUAAAACAGUAUCUAUUCUAGUUUAGAUAAUACUAAUGGAUUUUAUA